AUGAAGAACCGAAAUUCAGUGCACUCGAAAUUCCGUUAGCUGCUCCACUUGUAAAAGGUUUUUAAACUUCAGAUUUUUACUGGAGCGUAUUCGAAGAAUGUGUCUCAUUUUUAUUUGUUUUUAUUUUUUUAGAUUUGCUAGGCUAAUGCUAUUGUGCAUCAUCAUUUGACAUUUCGCCACCGCCGUUGUUAUUAUUUUUUUAAUUAUAAAGUGAAUCUUCUUCUAGAGACUAAGAACUAUACAUAUUUUUUUGAUCAAAAGAAUGGAUUUUAGGAUUUUUAAAUUAGCGCUAAGGAAGAGGAUUCUCUGGAUAAGCUACUUUCCACAUUUCAAAAAAAGAUUAAAAUUCAUCCCUUUUAUCUUGCUCAUUCCAAUGUACAUAUAAUAAUAAUGAAAGCAUUCUUUUUCGAGUGUGAGUGCGCCAUUCUUCACUUUCUCUUGGAUGCCUGCCGACAUCAAGAAUAAGAAUUAAAAGCAUAUUGUUAUAUUAUGAGUCUAAUUAGUAGAAUUUAAUUUUAUCUUCAAAGGCGUUAAGUAAUUUUAAAUAUUUUGGACGACCACUCGAAAUUGUACUCGAAAUCUCUUAAAAAACAGCCCUAUUAUUAUUUUUUCUCAUUUUAUCUUUAAGAAGAUCUGAAACAUAGUUUUCUAAAAAGUAUUUCGUAAGGGUAUCCUAAAGUUAUUUAUUGGCAUGGGGAAUAGUUUUCUUGA